GAAAAAGGAAACGAAACUCCCGUUCAUUGUUUUCUUCCUAGUCCAAUUGGAAGCCUAGCCCGUGCGCCUCCGUGGAGCGAACGGCUCUGCCUAACCGACACUUGCGUCCAAAACGGCGGAUGCGAGCGCAGACGGCACGGAUGUGGCUCCUCCGAUGAACCGUUAUUAUCGGUCGGUUGUUCAUCCUAAAUGCGAGUCCUUCUCUAAAUCCCAUUUGCUCGCUCUCUUGGUUGCGUUUCCGGCGCGUGAAACACCGGACUGGGACGUAAACACGCCGGCCUGCGCUCAUGCUCCGAGGCGAGGUGAAAAUGGCAAGAUCGAGUCCAACUGUAAGGCGUGCGGCACCAGAAUCCAGGCGAAACGCAGCGUCACGUCCAACUUCGUUACGCAUCUUAAGCGCAAACACCCAGUUAUGUAUGAUGACUUUGUGAAAAGGAAGGAUAUGAAGAGAGAGGGUUAUUCCUCCGCUUCCCUGCACAGUUUCACCAAUGGAGGAAGCACCCGCCACCCUCUCCCCAUCAGUGCUGGGGUCGGAGGAGGGAGCGUUGGAGGGAUGGGAACUCUAGAGGGAGGAGUAGGUGGAGGAUCUGGGGGAAGAAUAACCAAGUUUGAUAAACAUGACCCACGACAGGUCCUGAUCUCUGAGGCGAUUGCUAAAAUGAUUGUGCGGGACCUGCAGCCUGUGUCCAUAGUGGAAAAUCAGGGCUUCAGAGAGUUGCUUCAACUUUUGGAGCCACGUUAUACCCCCGAGUCGCAGCGCUACAUCCAGAGCCAGCUCCUCCCAGCAUAUGCCUACCAGGCCCAGCUGGCGACCCAUCAGGCCUUGGCAUCUGCACAGGCUCUCAGUCUCAGCUUAGAUCUCUGGACGGGCUCGUGUGCAGCUGCUUCAGGGUACCUUGGAGUCACCUGCCAUUUCUUGUCAUCUGAUUGGCAGAUGCACUCAUCUCUCCUGGCGUGCCUUCCGCUGACCGGAGGCAGCUCUUGCAGCCGUGUGCUUGUAGAUUUUGAGGAGGUGUGUCACUCUCACGGAGUGUCGGGGAGAGCAUUUCGUGUGGUUGCAGACCCAGGUUCAGCAACAACACUGGCGACAACAAAAAGGCCAUGCUGUCUCCCUGGUUUCUUGGUUUCUCCUCUUCUCUCCAAUGGACAUUAUGGAAGCAAUGAAGGAAUGAUGGACAAUGAUGAGGACACGAAAAGAGGAAUCAGGAAUGGUCACAGUGAACGUGGAGAUGAAGGAGGCCAUGAUGAGUCGUGGGAGCAGGGUUUGGGUGUUUCCCGGGUAGACUGCUUCUCCCGCUCCUUGGAAGAGUGUAUUCGGGUGGGGCUGGGCUCCUGCAUACAGAUCUCCUCUACGCUGACCAAGGCUGCCCGCUUCUACAACUACAUAACGUCUGCUGUGCCUCCUGAGAAACUCAGCCAAGUGUUUGAUGGGUUGAUGACUGGGGGUGCAGAAACAACCCCCCAUGCUGUGUGGGACUGGGCUGCACAACUAAAGGUCCUUCGACGGCUUCUGGACUCAGUGGAUUUCCUGGAGGAGAUGAGUGGUCCUGGAGAAAUGGCUUUGGAUGGAGCAGAUAGAGCCCUGCUGCGGGAACUCUCUGACACCUUGGAGCCCUUCACUGAGGCCUGGGAUAUGGUACGUGGAGACAGAGGGUCAGAAAUCCAGGCAGACAGACAUGUUUCCAUCAGCCUGGCUCUGCCCUGUGUCCUUGGCCUUCGUAAGCAUCUCUCUGAGACUUCAACCCCCCACUGUCCUCCCCUUCUGUUGGGCCUAAGCCAGGCUGUGGAGCGUUACUUAGCUCCAAUUCUAGAGGACCCCCUCUAUAUUGCUGCAACUACGUUAGACCCCCAGUUUAAGCUGACGUGGAGCAGUAACCCAGACUGGCACAGACAAGUUCUCAUAGAAGAGUUAUCGAAAUAUUCUACUGCCUCCAGCCCAGUAGAUCCCAACACAGACAUUCACACUCAGUCCCAGACUCUUCCUGUUCCGGCACCAUCUCCGGUGUCCUCUCUUUCUCGGCCCUGUAAGUUGUUUUCUUUCAUCAAGCAGAGACCUGCGACGCAGGCCAAGAGUCUAGAGCAGGAGCUGGCCGUUUACCUACACGAGGAACCCACCGACGAAGAAGCUCUGCAUUACUGGUGCCGUAAAGCCAUUGACUUUCCUUUGCUCACCCAGGUGGCCAAAAGAGCGCUGACCAUACCCGCUUGCGGCACAGUGGUGGAGAGCAUUUUCACCACAGCUGCACACCUGCUGCUCCCAGAGAGAGGUUGUGUCUUACCGAAGAACCUGGAGACACUCAUCUACCUCAAAGCCAACCACAGAUUGUUGUGGACAUAGAGUUAAGCUUUAAUCUGAAUAAUAACUGGAGAAUUUUUCACUGGCAGUCAAGUGACUUGUUGGAUACAAACCUCUGUUUCUCCUACAACCGAGCCCAAAAUACUGCAGAUAAUUUGUUACAAGGCUAAACCCACUACAAUUUUCCUCCUUGAGAUGGGUGACUGGAUUUAAAAUGCUGUUUGAGAAGCAAAAAUCAGCAAAAAUCAAUACUAUAAUAUUCACCCGGAAAUUUCUUUGCCAUAUUUGAGCUUCUAGACAACAAUAUAAUCUUGUUUUGUUUUUUUAGGACAGCUUCUGUCUACACCCACCAGAAACCAGUGAUAACUGAUGGUCAAUCGCUCUGUACAUGUCGCUUAUUUUCAUUUAUGUACAGGAUGCCCCAAGGCUGCCAUUACUUCUUUCAAUGUCUUUUUGAUGGAUUGCAUCAGCUGCUCAGCAAUAUUUUAAAUCAUUUUUUCACUGUACAUGUGUGGCUCGUCACUGAGACAUUUAAAUAAACACCAAGCACUUCUUCACGCUGUUUGACCUGAAAUCUGCUUCAAAUUUGAUUUUUUUCUUUCUUCUAGUUGUCUUAUGUUAAAAGCCAGAUCUAUUUCAUGUUUUUUAUUUCUCAUCUUUCCCCCUUUUUUAAAACAGAAAAAAAAUGAAUUUGACCCUGCGUUUGCAACAGAGAACUUGUCACUGGAGAAAAGAAAUGUGGCUCAGACUGACCUCACAGCAGUAUUAGAGGCUUUUUUUGUAGUUUUUUUUUGCCGGGCAUGACUUUGAAGUGAUGCAGUGAAUGCAGCAUUGUGUUUGUCUUCUAUUCUGGAACUGGGGGUGGGCCAUUUGGGAGGAAGGGUAAUUGUAAUAAUUCCAUUAAAGUAAAAUUUGAGUCAGCAGGCUGGCAGCUAUUACAACCGAUAGGGCAGAUCUUUUUCAUUUUUUAAUUUUUUUUUAAUCCAUCCACUAGGCUUUACAAAGCAUAUUCGCUGAUGCUGAGAAGUUAACAGCAGAAAAUAAACACAUUUCAUAAUUA